AUGCUAUGCGCCGACGACUUGGCAUCCGAGGACAAGAAAGACGAUUUCUAUAUUGCACUCAACUCAACUUUGAAGAACAUCCGAAAGCAAGACAUAGUUAUCGUCAUGGGAGACCUGAACGCCAAAGUUGGAGCGAACAACGAUGCUUAUCAAAGACACAUGGGCAGGCAUGGGCUGGGAGUUCGCAACGAGAAUGGAGAAAGAUUCUUGGAGUUCUGCCUAGAAAACGAUCUUACCAUCGGAGGGACGCUUUUUAUACAUGGAGAACACCACAACUACACGUGGAAUUCACCCGAUGGAGUCACCAAAAAUCAAAUUGCCCACCUCGCCAUUAGCUCAUCGCUGCUCGAUGUUCGUAACCGUCGGGGGGCGGAUAUUGACAGUGAUCAUCACCUGGUGGUGGCCGAAGUGCGACUCAAAAAUAAGAAACAUUCAACAAGAAAUACAAGAAUAAUAGUUUCUGUUUUACGUCCGGAUGAUCAAGUAAAGUUGGCCGUCAAUAUGGUGACACUGACAGGCACGCUGCUGGCCUACACGCUUGUGUCGAGCUGCGUGCUGGUGCUGCGCUACCAGCCGCACUACACCAACCUCAUCGAGCUGCUGCCACAGAGCCUGCGCACGCCCGUCGACCCUGAAGGCACCGCUGCAGCCCAAAGGGAAACCAGUUUAGCUGGUCGCGGCAACACCCAAAUCACCGCCUCGAACCAGCGAGUCAUGAUCCGCCGUGUGACCCGCAGUUCCCCGGAUUCUGAUGACACGAUGCCAGGUGACGACAGCGAGGAAUUCGGUAGAGAUGACACUUUCCUCAUGAAUUCGCACACGGAGAAUAAAUUCUAUGGGGCCGUGCCCGGCGGCGUGGCAAGCAGCCCGGGCCGCUUCCGUCGCUUCAUGGACGCGGUGUCGCGGCAGCUGCUGGCGCGCUCCUACCUCUGUCCCGGCGUCUUCCCCUGGGUGGACGCUGGGCCCGCCACUGACCAUACAGGAAUGUUCGUAAUCAAGGCAGUGGGAGUGAUGUACCUGCUGAUCCUGGUGUUCGACAUGCUGGCGGCCUACGGCAGCCCGGGCACGUCCACCUUCACUGUGCUCCUCAUGGUCGUUCUAAUGCUAGCUAUCUUCAUCAUCCUCCUACUCAUUUCUAGAAAACCGCAAAAUCGCGCACAACUGGUGUAUUCGACGCCUGCGCUGCCGUUCGUCCCGGCGACCGCAAUCAUCGUCAACAUCUAUCUCAUCCUCAACCUGUCCAUCCUGACCCUCGUCCGCUUUACCGUGUGGAUGAUCAUAGGACUGGUGGUGUACUUUAAGUAUGGCAUCAAGAAUUCCUUGUUAGAGACGAAAACGGAGGAGCCGGCGGUGUCGCCGCCCACGCCGAGCCCGCUGGACCGCACCACGCUGCCGCCGCCCGCGCCGGUCCAGCCGCGCCCGCUCGGCGACCGCAACAUAUUCGAGGGUGACGGCAACAGCGGACUCUACGGCAAUCUCGAUUUCCCGGAUCCGCUGCUGGCGUGGCACACGGCAGACCUGGAGCCGGCGCCGCCUGCAGGCUCUAUCCGCCCUGCCAGCGCAUACAAACAAGUCGAAUCACGGUACAACGCGAAGACCAACAGCACCUCCUCGCACACAUCCACGCGAGUGCCGUGGGCCUACACCUCCCAGCCCGACCUCGACCCCUGGGACAACUAGAAAUGUUAAUCUCCCUCAACGCAAACACAAAUUUCUUUACCACCGCCAUUCUAUUCUAUAAUUUCUAUAGUCUUCUUGUCAUUACUUUAUAACACCUGUUACAUAGCAAAUCAGGGGAUCUUUUUUUACACAGGUACCACUUCCAGGUACACUUUUACGAUGCAUAUACUUACUUACCACCGCCGCACCGCGCCGCGCACAUCAUUGCGGUGCUGUUUCUUUUAUGUAAAUUUAAAACAAAUUCAUAUACAUUUAAUUUCACCAGCGUGUUUAUCAGCGUGGUUCAUAACACAUACCAAAACCAGUUUUCUAGUAAUAAUAAAAAUAAGUGUUCUAGUUCUAUCCAGAGUAGACCCGAAUGAAUUCCGUGUCUCCGUUACUUUUUGUUAGGAUUUCUCAGUCUCAUAGAUAAUAUUUUUUUAAAUAAUAUUUGACUGUAGCUGUUCUGUUUCAAAUAUAGUUUGUCAAAGGACUGUCUCAUUACAAACAUAGACAGAGAGAAACAUACUAUAUUUGUCUUAUACUAGUACUAGCACCCAAAAGAAAAGGAUGAGUAUUUUUUUUUGUUCCUAUUUACUGAAAAUUUGGUUUGAACAACUAUAUCUGCCCAUAUGUUAAAGGAGUCAUUACAUAGAUGCAGCCGAUAAAAAAGGUCUAAAAAAAUUGGAAGGUGGGUAUAUUAUGAGAAACAUUGUUUUUUUUUUCGUAUAAAAUAUGUAUGUAUGACUAAAGGUUUUAUUAGUUUAGGGAAUAGGCAUUCAAUAACCUAGAAGAAAGUUGCUACGAAUAUUUUGGCUGCAGAAGGUAGGAUAUUAUGAUGACUGCCAAUCUCAAUCAAUACAACAUAAAUUAAAAUAAGUUGAACCUAAAAUACAAAAUAAUACCUAUCUUAGUACGUCGCGCUGGGACCUAACAACGCCAUGUACAAGUAAAACUAUUUCUUAGGAAUAUUACGUCUUUGUAUGGAGAUUGGUAUUAUUGCAUUUGGUAGUACCAAGUGGUACUCAUAUGAUUUAAUUUAAUAUGAUA